UAUUACUUUUAAAUCUACGUCAAUUAUUAAAGAAUUCGAUUAUAGGUCAUUAGCCCUCUGAAGUUGCGUAGCGAGAAAUACCGCCACAUGCGUUCCGCUACUAAUAAACACAAUCGAAGAAGUCUGUUCUGAUCACAAUCUCCGAGGGGGGAUUUGAAAUUUUUCAAUUCCUUGGUGAUCAGUAACAACGUAUGUCGCGCACUGUUGGCACAAGCCGCGGCAAUUAGAUCAGUUUUUACGAUGGCCGUGCCUUCUUCUUUCGUUGUUGGUGACAUCGUGCAUUUAAACGUCGGAGGAACAAGGUUUUCAACGUCGAAACAAACGUUAACGUGGGUCCCAGAUUCAUUUUUUACCACAUUACUGAGCAACCGUUUCGCCAGCCAUAGAGAUGAAGAUGGAGCAUUGUUUAUAGAUAGAGAUCCAAAAUUAUUCUCUAUCAUAUUGAAUUAUUUGCGCACAAAAGACAUUGAUCUGAAAAGCGCGGAUCUUAGAACUUUGAGACACGAAGCUGAAUAUUAUGGUAUAAUACCAUUAGUUAAAAGAUUAAUGUUGUGCGAGGAUUUGACACAAUCUUCUUGUGGAGAUGUGUUAUUUUAUGGUUAUUUACCACCUCCAAGUAUACCGUUACAAGAACCCACUGCCACAUCGUCGAAUGUAGGGGAUGUGUCUGUUCAUGGUAGAGCUACUAAUGCAACCACAAACCCCAAAACAGAUGCACCAUCCACUUCUCAAAGUGCAACUCCGUCAAAUUCCAAUUCAACCCCAAACACUAAUGGUCAACAAAACCAUAAAGGUACUCUUGGGACACACGUAAGGAAUUCUUCGUUGGAUUACAAAAUCCAGCAAAGAGGCUUGCCAUAUUCGCGUGCAUCAUCUCUAGAUUUAAGGCACGUUAGAAAUAAUUCAGCCGACCUAAACAAAUUACACAAGAAUGACAUAAGUUUGGUGUUCGGACCCCAACAAGUUUCGUCUUGGGUUGACCCUUUAAGAGUUCAAAUAAUAAAAGCUCAUCACAAUUGGAUUGUGAUUGCUUAUGCGCAUUUUAUAACAUGUUACCAACUAAAGGAUUCAUCUGGAUGGCAGCAUGCAUUUACUAGUCCCCAUAUCGAGUCGGUAAUUGAAAGGGUUGCGAUAACUUCCAAAUUAAACACUAGUUUGGACGUCAAUAUGGUUGCCUUUUCCUAUGGAAAUCAAGUUACAUUAUGGAGUGUUUCUGCGAAUAGGAUUAACAUUAACAUUGGUACAUUUAACUUAAAUGUUCGUAUAGAAUACUUAUUUUUUAUCGCUAGUCAAUUGGUGGCCCUAUCUUCUACCGAUAAAAUUGGCGUGUGGCACGCUAUGACGCACCAUUGGCAAAUACAAGAUGUAGUACCUAUUUUGUCAUUCGACACCGCUGGUUCUUUUCUUCUUCUGGGAUGCAACAACGGAUCUAUAUAUUACAUUGACAUGGAAAAAUUCCCUUUGCGAAUGAAGGACAACGAUCUACUCGUAACCGAAUUGUACCGUGAUCCAAAUUAUGAUCCCAUUACAGCCAUAUCCGUUUAUUUAACGCCAAAGACAUCACAAGCUCUGUGUGGCAACUGGAUUGAAAUUGCGUACGGUACUAAGUCUGGCAGUGUGAAAGUCAUUGCGCAACAUCCUGAAACUGUAGGGCACGGACCACAAUUAUUCCAAACAUUUACGGUACAUCAGAGUAGCGUUACAAAAGUAACAUUGUCAGAGAAAUAUUUAGUGUCAGUUUGUUCUGAGUACAAUCACGUUAGAAGUUGGGCGGUAAAAAGAUUCCGUGGAAUGAUCUCCACUCAACCAGGAUCAACGCCUGAAGCAAGCUUUAAAAUUGUAUCUUUAGAAGCGAUCGAACCUUGUAUCAGUUACAGUGCUGGCAAUGAUUUUGGACCAUUUGGGGAGCAGGACGACGAGCAAGUGUUCGUCCAAAAAGUUGUACCUGAGACUGAUCAGUUGUUUGUGCGUUUAGCGUCGAACGGUAAAAGAGUGUGUGUAAUUAAGUCGGUAGACGGUAGCAUUAUUAGUUCGUUCUACGUACACGAAUGUGAAGGGUCUAGUCGUAUGGGCUCAAGGCCGCGACGUUUUAUAUUCACCGGCCACUCGAAUGGCACCAUACAAAUGUGGGAUCUCACGACAGCCUUAGAGCCGUCGUUCUCUUCCGCUCAAAAUGUUUCCGGCGGACCUACACCAGAGGAACUUUGGAAAUUAUUAGAUCAGUGCGACUUGAGCAACAGUUACUCCUCGACGCCAUGCAUCAGCCCAUGCCCCUCGGUUAUAUCCCAAUCGGGUCCUAGUUUAAAAACGAGCAAUGUAUUGUUUCUCAACCAAUCUCAGAACUUUGAGGCUACUCCGGGAACUAGCCAAACAUAAAGGUAGUAGCACGAACAAAAUAGUCUUACACUCUGUCUUUUUUUAUGUCAUUGGACGAACGUUGAUCUAAUCUUUAUUACUACCACUAGCAUCUGCAUUUAUUUAUUUAUUUAUUUAUUACGGGUUAUUUUCACGUACAAGUCUACGAUUAGAGUUCCUAGUAACCGAUUGUUUUUUAUAUAUCUGAACGUAACGAUUUUCGGGAAACAUUGUUUUAGAAGUGUAACAUGAAAGUGAUAUAAUUAACGAACUACGGAUGUAUUAAGUAUAAGAAUCGUAUAGUAAGGUAACCAUGAAUUGAUCGUUCUUU